GCGGGGCCGAGUGGGCGGGAGGCGGCAGGUGGGAGUGCGGGCAGUGGGGGCGCGAAGCCCAGGUACAGCAGCUUUGGGCUGGACCCCGUGAGUGGCAAGGAGGUGGAGGAGUGGGACUACCUCAACCGCUUCUUCAAGCGGUAUAACAAGGCCCUGCUGGACAAGGCCGCCAUCGACAAGGAGAAGGCCCGGUUGGAGCGCGAGAACGCCGACCUGCGCUCCAUCCUGAAGCAGUACCUGGAUGGCAUUAGCGUGAACGACGACGUGCUCAACAACCCGGUCAACCCGCUGCUGGUGGUCAACAACAGGCUGCAGAUCACGCUUACGGAGCGCAACAAGGCACGUGCCGCCGCCAUGGCCCAGCGAGCAGCGGGCGCGGCGGCGGGCGCCACCACCACCACCAACCUGCUGGCGGGGCUGACGGCGGGGCUGGCGGCGGGGGCGACUGCGGGGGCGGGGGCGGGCGGCAAGCAGCUGGUGGAGGUGCAGGCGGUGUCGCGCAUGGGGUGAUGGGAUGGGGUGGGAUGGAAUGGGAUACAUGGAGGAGGAUGGGGGUGAUUGGGAUGUGGGUGUUGCGGGGAUGCGAGCCACGAUGGGGGUGGGUGUGUGGGGCUGCGGGCGGAUGAGGGGUGGGUGUUCUGGAUUGGGGAAGACCCUGGGCAGUAGGGCGGAGGGAACGAGAUGCGGUAUGACGAGAUGACAGGCCUGAGAGUACAGGCAUGGGCCUGCUGCUUAUCCUUGGAGCCGCCGUGCUGUGGUGGCUAAUGAAAGGAGGCAGUUGACGGGAGCAAGCUACCCGUGGUCUUGUUUGUUGGGAAUGUUGACUUGUUACGUGACGAGGUGAAGCUUCCCAGCUUUUGUUUGUCAGUGUGCAGAUGUCUGCGGAUACGGGCGGAUGAUGGCUGAUGAUUGCGGCAAAAUAUGCAGUAACUGCAAUUCCUUUUUGUACCGGUAGCCACGAUGACUCAUGAGCCACAGUGAACCCAUGUUGGGUUGCUGGGCUCUGUGCUUGAAGGGGCUUGAAGCGGGUGACAAAGCCAGGAGGCUAGGGAGCAGGCUAGCGAGGCUAGGCAAGCCGUCCUUGUGGUACAGUUCUAGUACGGUGGCGCACUGCCUAGCACUGUUUGGUGCGCCUUCCGAGGCCUCGUCGUCGUUGACGCCCUCUCUGGGUGCUUCCUUCACUGUUUGGUUAGUACCGGUG